CGACCGGCUUAAAAAGAUUGACCAAAGCAACCGUUUGACUGAGUUGCGUGGAAAAACAAGCGUGCGCAUCGUCACAGGAGGCACCCCUGUCCUGCGAUCGCCCCUUAUCUGCACAAAGCCACCGCACUGGAACUUAAUUGCAAGUCUGAAAGGCGUUUAUGUCUCACGGCCUACCACACGAUCUAUGCAGCAUAGCUUUCGAUGCUUACGAACUCGUCACACACACACUCCCAGUCUUUGGCACCAACAACAACGCUAGUCAAAACAGAGGCCACCACUAAAGAAACUCUAUCGCGGCCUUGGCUACAAAAUGGAUUACAGCCAAACUUUUUUCCAUAUCCGAAAGCGGACGAUACACAUGCUGGGAUCGAACCAGGGACUGUUUACGAUUUUGGCCUGGUCGAUUCCUCGCAAAGGAUUAUGAACGCACACGUUCCAACCAAUGCAUUUCCGCUGUCCGCGGCAACAAUGCUUGCUCCAGCCUUGAGCUGUGCUCUGGGAACAACACCGCUGAGUUUUGGUGACAUCCUCACCCAUCGGUCCCCAAAAACACAGGGGCUUCAUGCAGUGGAAUGUCCGAAACCAGCAAAACGUCAGACCCGAAAUCCACGGUCCUUGGUUUGCGAUGUUCAAAUUGUAGAUGCGGUACAGCAACGACUGACGCAAGUUCAACAACACCCACUCCUCGCGGACACGUUUCGUUCACCAUCUACAGUCUCUGACGCUUUGCCAUCACUGCAUUCUUGUAACCCUACUUCGCGGGCGGGUGCAAGUUUUUCCUUACAUUCUCUCGUAAACUCGUCCUUCAACUAUCCGUCAACGACAAGCACCUUCGUGGACGGUGCUAAUUGGCGUGAUACACCUUGCACGACGCAGUUUCUCCCCACGAAUUCCGUUGUGUCCUGCAUGUCUCGUUCAGCCAACCCCAACACCAGUACGAUUCCGAACUCAUCCAGGGGCCUGAAACCUACGUAUGAUUACCACGCACCAUCGCUUGCUUCAUCUUUUGUAGACACUUUGCACAUCCCACCCAGCACAGUAGUCUGUCGUCCCCUACACUCUUCUCCACCCAGAUCUGUUGCUCAGGUCCCGGAUCCCUUACCUGCGUCCACCUCCACAAUGUUGAACGUGCCGGUAACAGCUCCUGUUGUUUGUCCAAGCUCCGGUUACUUGUCAACGUACACUGUGCCACAACCCCGUGUGUCGUGCAGCUCUCAGCAUCUUAGUCCACCGCAUCCCAUUCAACAGAGUGUCUCUGGAGACCAGACAAUCAAACCAUCAAAAGAACCCCUUCCUUGUAUAAACAUGCGGCACGCGAAUGUUCUGCGCUACCCCAAGUACACCAACCGGAAAAAUUCGGGAUUCGAUCGACGGCUAAAGCACACUGGUUUGAUCGUUGAUCCCCACUCCACUUUGCGUCUACUACGUAAAUUCCUUCAACCAUUCAUCAAUCAGGCUGUGGAUAAGGUGCUACAGCACUAUAUGAAGGAUUACAUUAUGAUUGCAGUGCGGAAUAUUCGCCAGAACUUGGGUGAUGAUGCGGUCACAGAAGCUGAUUUGAUGAAAUUUAGAAGGAGUGUCAUGCAACGCGUGGCUUUGCAAUAUUUUCCAAAACAUGAACCCCACCCUUCAUCUGCGGAAAGUUCGGCCAUGGAGAAUUCUCAGGAACAGUCACACCCGAAUUCCGAAUCGAAAAGAAUGCAGUCACAACCACACACUACCUCACCUAUGCUGAAACGUAAUCAUAGACAGAUGUCGGGGUCCCUUGCAUUUCAUCCGCUGUUGAACACAGAGGACUUCAGAGAUGAAGUUAGUGCCUCCGCCGCAGAACUAGACGAGGGCACAAGCUGUACAGUCUCCCCUCAUCUGUCUCCCUUGUCUGAGGAGCAGUCGUCAGUUAAUCGACCUUCGUCAAAUAUCUCAGAUGUUUCUUUAUUCUCUAACCGUUCUCUACUUGGUCAUUCCCACCCGGUUGUUCCCCUUUCCCGUGCCGACUGUGAUAAGUUAAAUCCCAAGUUACCGUCUGUGAUCCUCAAUCCGCUGAAAUUCCAUGAUUUGUACUCGAAUACCUCACUUGAUGCUUCUCCGAUGAAUUCUCCAUCCUCAACUUCCUCCAAUUCCACGGUUGGGUUCUUCCACAACUUAUCUAGCCCAGAGGACUGCCCAAUCACUCCAAAGACAGCACCACUGAGUGCAGUAGCUGAACAGUCAAAAAUCGAUUCAUAUUGCAAACAAUCUCGACAAAAUAUGGCCUCCCGAGUGUAUUCGUUCGAGGCUUGCGCUGCAGAUGAGCAUGUCCAAGGUGCUUCAACUGGUGAACAUAAAAAAUUUGACCAGCACUCCAGGCUCAAGCGUGGUUCUUCUUUGAAAGACAGGUUGAAACGCGCUAGGAAACGUUCGUUGACCUGGUUCAAUGUGGGAGGCUAUGCACGCCGUCCAAAAGUAAGACGAACAGUAGAUAUCGUUCACAAUCAAUCCUCUUGGCGGCGUGGUGGCGGUGCUAGUCGGAGAACAAGUAAUCAGGUCAAGGUGAAUACGACACGGCCAUCGGUAGCUUGCCGAUCCAGACAACAAUGGAACGCCUCGUUGACGUCAAUUUCAGCCACCACUCAGGCUUCUCUUCCUCUGGUAUUCGACCAAAAUACUACUUUCACCCUGGGAUCCAAUGCAAACACCUGGCUUGGCCUGGGUGCUGCUCGUGGACGCAUCUAUACAAAGCACCCGGAAUUAUUCCGCUACCCUUGUGAUACUGAGGACAAAUCCUGGCUUUUCAAUUCCGGACUACUGACAAGUCAAGGUGUCAAGGCCUUCCUAAUGCAUUCGGAUCAGGUUCGCCAGAUUGGACAGUAUUACAGACAAACGCAUGAGGCAAACAACGACGCUGACGACGUGGAUCAAUUGAAGACGUUCACUGUGCCCCUGUGGCUCUUCCAAAAGAUACAUAAGAUAGCCCUCCAGUAUCCCCAGUUCAUACAAACGGCGGGUCCUACUGUCAAUCUUCCGAAUAAACCAGCCUCUCCGGAGCUGAAACCACCUAUCGACUUACGACAAGCUCACCCUCCGUCGUCGAAUUCUCGAGCCCCAGAACGUCCUUCAGCAGGACGGUCUUGUCUCUACCAGUCUCCAGAAGCUUUUACUGGCAGACGUGAAGUGGCUUUCAUGGCAAAAUCUUCUAAAUCGCCUCAUUAUGCAGUAGAAUAUCCUCGCUCACAGUCCAACCGAGCUUCCACGACACGUGAUGAAUCUCAGAAUAAAUCCUUUUCCAGCGUGACUGAUGUUUCUGGUGAUCCAGCGAUCAUUCGCUACCCUGUAAACACACCCUCUACGUCAUCCUACUCCAUUCCAAACUCCCCGACGCCGGUGUCCAGCGUUCCAACGUCGAUUAAAACAGCCUCGGGUAGUCCAACUCCACCCACUCUGCAACGAUUUGAUUCCACCUGAUCGGAUAAUAUUUUGGGGUCGUUGAUAUCGUGGCGACUCCUUACAUGCUUUCAGUUCCAUAUCGCAUUUGUCUUUCAUUUAUCCCAUUUAUGUCUCUGGUUCUGUAUUGCUCAGUACAAGAAACAUCCUGUUAUUGUGAAUCCUUUCGUCGUCCGCCCUCUUUUAUCUCAGUGCGAAUUGCCUUUUUGUCUUUCGAGCCGGGGCCUUCCUUAGUGGCCCGUGUGGCUGUAUCACCCUAAGCUUGAUCCCCAUGCCUAAUACUAUCCUGUAGCUGCCCUGUUUUUCUCUGUUUGGUACUUCGUACGUGCAGAGACCAGACAUCAUGGUGAACAACCGACUCUCAGCGAAGAUCACUGUUCGCCCCACCAAUCCAAGGCAUCAUCACUAUGAAUUUGGCCUUUGUCCUUUUCGUGUCGAUCGCAGCACAUUAUUUGCUCCUGUUUCACUGGUCUAUUUUUGUGAUUUCGACAUCUGAACAUAUGAAAGAUACACGGCA